CCAAGGGAAUGAUGGCUCCUGUUUUGUUGAUACUUCCAGAAGGUUUACAAAACUCACUUUUUCAAACUUGACAGGCGGAUUCCGCAAAAAUAGUCAAUUAACUUCAAAAUGCUUCGCUGUUCCGGACUUCCGUUUCUUCCGGGAAACACCUUUCCGGAUCUCAGCCAAACGCGCUUCCACAAGUCGCACCACUUUGACCGCUGGAGCCGAACGUGCAUGCUAGCGGACCAGAAGCGACCCGGAAUCGGUGGCAAGCAGUACUCCCCGACCGAUGGCCCCGAGUACUGUCUCCCUUCAUUGUACCCACCCCGCCAGGGCCCACUACUCCCGUCGUGGCUAUCGUACGACCGGAAGGUUCUGUGCUUCCACGGCUUCUUCCAGGAAACCCUGUCCGAGGUGGACCGCAUUCCGUACCAGAUCCGGAAGGUGAAAAUCCUGUACUACCUCGAGGACGGCACGAUGCAGGUCAGCGAGCCACGCACCAUGAAUUCCGGCAUUCCGCAGGGUUGCCUGGUGACGCGCCAACGCAUUCCCCGGCCGGUGCCGUACGACGGGGAGUUCACCUCGCUGCUUGACCUCAACAUCAACCACACGGUGCAGCUGUUCGAUCGCGUGUACACCAUCACCGGAUGUGACGACUUUACGCGCCGUUUUCUGAACCGGCUGGGCGUGUCCGUGCCGGAAUGUGUCGAGCCACCGAUCGAUCCAAGCACCGAACUCCGCAAGAAGCAGGACGCUGCCAAGCUGGCCAAACGACCCGCCUACAAGAUCGACACGCUGGGCAAGUUUCUCGAGUACGAUCGCAAAGUGCUCCGUUUCCAGGGCUUCUGGGACGAUCGGUCCAGUCUGUUUGGCGACCUGCACGAGCUGGAGGUGCUGUACCAUUUGAGCGAUGAUACGUUCGAAGUCAAGGAGAAACUUCCGCUCAAUUCCGGUCGGGACUCGAACGGAAUGUUUCUGCGGAGGGGCCGCCUGCCGAAGCAGUUUGAUCGACUUCCGGUGAUGGGCGAGGGAACGCCGGUGACGGUGCUUAACGUGCUGGGCGGGGGACUCAAGGGCGGUCGAUACCUGACGGACAGCGUUGGGAUCGGGAAGAGGGAUGACAAUUACUAUCGGGACGCGGACUUGGCGAUCGGGAAGAUGAUCAACGUUUAUGGAAGAACGAUCAUGCUGACUGGUUGCGAUCGCUACACGCAGGAUUAUUACAGGACGAAGUUUGGUUGCGAAGACUUCACCCCCAUCCAGGGCUACAGCGUCAUUAGGGACGAAUACCAACGGCGGUGCCGUCGCGAACGGGAGCUCCCGCCGUACAAUGGCUGGGGAUCGCACGAGGACUCCGAAGGUAACUGCAUCACGGUGGAACCGCACCCGCCCAAGAUCGACUUCCGCAAGUUUGUCAUCUACGAUCGGUGCAAUCUGCGCUUCGGAUCGCGCAUGAUCUCCAAGAUCAAGGAGAACAACGAUCGGUUCUUCGUAAUCACUUACUACCUGAGCGACGAUACGGUGUCUGUGUACGAGCUUCAGAUCAGGAACUCGGGCUUUCAGGGUGGUGAGUUCAUCAAACGUGCCAGAAUUCUAACCCCGAAUCAAGACAUCUUCACGCCGAACCGACCAUCGUACUACAAAGCCCAAGAUUUCUAUCUCGGCACGACCGUCAUCCUACAAGACCAUAAAUUCAACGUAACAAACGCCGACAUCUACGCGCUCAAGUUCAUGGAGUCGCACUGCGAAGAGUUCCCACUCUCCAAUGUGUCAAAAAUCGUCCAGAAAAUCCGUAACGCCCUGCAACCGAUCUACAAGGAUUACGUGGCCAGGCACAUGUCCAAGGUGGUGCACAAGAAGAUCGACGACGUGAGCGUGGCCACCGUGAGUUACGAAGCCCUUCGGGACAUGCUGCUGGAACUGCUCGGCGACCAAAUCGUUGACCAGGAAAUUGUCACCCUGUGCCGUCAGUUUUCGGCCGAGUCCAAACAGCACGUCAAGUGCGACAAGGAGCUAGUUCGAUCGGCGGUUCAUGCCGAGCUAACCCGAGACCUGUGGCACGACUUGCAGCGCACCAAAGAGCACUUGUACCACCAGGAUCCCACCUCGGACGGUUGGAUGACCCCGAGUCAGAUCGUAAAAACCAUUAAAGCCUGUCGAAUCCCGCUGGACAACGCCCUCAUCGAUGGAAUGCUGGAAGUCCUUAACCGGAACAACCGCGGAGACAUCGAGGUGAGCGAUUUCCUGAGCAUGCUGGACCCGAUCGAGGCACCCUGUAAGCCGUUGCAGCCGCUCAACAUCAAGCACGACAUCUGCUUCUUCACGCCGUACCGCGUGACGGGUAACCUGAUCGACUGGGACAAGCUGUUGGCCAGCAUCGACCUCGAGAGUAGCCUCACGACGCAGACGUAACGGUCAAAAUUUGCACUGCCAAAGCAUUGUGUGUCAACUGGGUAUUUAUUUGUGAGCGAUUUUGAAUGCACCGAUUUUGUAGAAAUUAA